CAAGUCGAGAAAAGCGCAAUCAAUGUCUCACACGACCUGGUUUGACUUGUGCUCAUUUCCCUUCCCCCCCAAGGUCCAGCCAGGUCCCCCAGCCAUCUCCAUUCUGUCACCCAAUGUCCCAACAACUGGUUGUUGUGUCAAUCAAUCAAUCUAAUUUCUCUCUCUCUCUCUUUCCCAUUUCUCCCUCUUUCUAUCUUUUCCCGGUACCUACCUAAUCGUUAAUUCGAUCUUUCCAUUCCGCCUUCCAUCCUUAUCAGUGGAGGUCGUGCGUGUUCUGGAUUGGUGAACAGCGUUGCGGUCUGUUUACACGCAACUCGACAACCCGGCAACGAACUGGAGCUCCCUCCGUUCCUAGAAAUAUAAGCUUAAAACAGCUCCACCACCACGAGCUUCACCUUCUCCCCAGGACCUGAAUUCCCACGUCAACAACAACACACAGCUCGUCCAUUCAACUACUCGACGACAAACUCGAAGCCGCCGCAGCGAUGAGCGGGCCACAGUAUGGCGCCCAGCCUGGUGGCUACUACAAUAACAACAACAACUACCCUCCGCCGCCGCCCAACUCGUACCAGAUGAACCCCAUGCCGACCGAUGGUAACUACGGCCAGCAACCGCAGUAUGGAUAUGGAGGAGGUCCACCGCCGCAGCAGUAUGGAAAUGGUUAUGGGGAUGGCGGGUACGCUCCGCCUCAGGGACCUCCGCCGAACGGGUCCAAACCUCCUCCGACCGAUGGCUACGGCGGCCCCCCGCCCUCGUACGAUGAAGUGUUCAAGGUCCAGAAGCCCAAGUACAACGAUUGGUGGGCCGGGCUUUUGUUCCUGGCUACCGUUGCUGGAUUCGUCGCGGUUUCGGCUAUUAGUAUUCAUGGUUAUGCCGACAACAGAAGUCAAAACAAUGGCAGCCUCAACGGUCAACGCAACACCUUUGGUCUCACCACCCACACUAUCUACCUCUUCGUCUGGGUCCUGAUUUGCGCCAUUGUCCUCAGUUAUGCGUACAUGUGGAUGGCCCGCAAGUUUACCAAGCAGUUCAUCUACGCCACCGGCAUCCUCAACAUUGUCAUGGGCCUGGUUACGGCACUUUACAUGUUAUCUCGCAAGUACUGGUCCGGCGGCAUCGUCUUUCUGAUCUUCGUCGUCCUACAAGCCCUCUUCUUCUGGUCCUGCCGCUCGCGCAUUCCCUUUUCGACCCUGAUGCUCCAAACCGCCAUCGAUGUCUCCAAAGUCCACGGUCACGUCUACCUCGUCUCCGCUGUCGGCGGUGUUAUAGGCACCCUGUUCGCCGCCUACUGGGCCAUCACCCUCGUAGCCGUCUAUGUCAAGUUCGAGCCGGACCCGAACAACGCCGCCUGCCGUAACGCCGGUGGGUGUUCCUCAGGCAAAGUCAUUGGCCUGAUUGUCUUCAUCACCUUUGCCGGCUACUGGAUUUCGGAGUGGCUGAAGAACACCAUCCACACCACCGUCGCGGGCAUCUAUGGGUCGUGGUACUUCAACAGUCGCAACUACCCGACUAAGGUCACGCGCGGCGCCCUCAAGCGCUCGCUCACUUACUCCUUUGGCUCGAUUUCUCUGGGAUCUCUCUUCAUCGCCAUCAUCAACCUGAUCCGCCAACUCGCCCAGGCUGCUCAACAAAACGCCGCGCAGGAGGGCGACAUCCUCGGAACCAUUCUCUGGUGCAUCUUUGGGUGUCUGAUCGGCAUCUUGGACUGGCUCGUCGAGUUCAUCAACCGCUACGCCUUCUGCCACAUUGCGCUCUACGGAAAAGCCUACUUUGCCGCGGCCAAGGAUACAUGGAAGAUGGUCAAGGACCGGGGAAUCGACGCUCUGAUCAAUGAAUGCCUGAUCGGCCCCGUGCUAACCUUUGGCGCUACUUUCGUCGCUUAUGCGUGCGGUCUGAUUGCGUAUCUGUACAUGGUGUACACUAAGCCGGCGUACAAUGACGGAGGAGGAUUCACACCCGUGGUGGUGGCGUUUGCUUUCCUGAUUGGGUUGCAGGUGUGCAAUGUGUUUACGACGCCGCUGACGAGUGGCAUUGAUACGAUAUUUGUGGCGAUGGCGUGGGACCCUGAGGUGUUGAUGAGGGAUCAUCCGGAUUUGUAUCACAGGAUGGUGCAGGUUUAUCCCCAUGUUCAGGAGGCUAUUCAUGCAUGAUUUGGCCUCCUUCUGUGGUAGAUGGGGGAAUAAUAUUGGAGGAGGGGAAGGCAAGGAGAGUAGACGGAGGGGCCGCCCUCCAACUGGCGAAAAGAAAGGAGGGAGGGCGGGUACAUGCCGUUCAAAACCUAGGAAUGCCUAUACGAUACUAUACCUGCUGUAACUUGUAAUUCUUUGAAAGAGGGAGUUGGUGCGUCAGGAGGGUUUGAUACCAUAGGUAGAGGUAGCGAGUAGGAAGUUGGGUUGGUUGCAUGGGAGGGGGUGAGGAGAACGAUACCAGAGCAGAGCAGGAAACGAGAGACUACUAGGUAACAAGAACGAAGACGAGAGAAAAGAAUAGUAGUAAUAACAGAACCUAAAAUGACUAAUUUACACGUACCUACA